GAGAGAGAGAGAGAGAGAGAGAGAGAAGGAUGGAACAGAGGACAUGGCCAGUCCAACCAGACGGUGCACACUUCUCCGCCCUUCCACUGAUGAACAUCGAAAGCAGCAAAGACGACGAUGACGACACCAACCGACGGCAGCAACGACGACGAAGACGACAUCACCAACAACAACAACCACAAUCGCUCCAAAAGAGGAGUUCUCACAGUGUCAAAUUACCCACCACCAACAGCGCCUCCUCACAUCGCAUCUGCUUCAGUUCCAGAUGGUUUUCUUCUUCUUUUACGUUGACAGCAACGACGGAGGAGGGCCAUGAUUUCUCGCAACUCCCAUUCGAUGUUCUGACGAAGAUUGCGGCUUCCUUCUCCCUCCCAAACCUCCGAUCAGCCUCCCUGGUGUGCCGCUCAUGGAGGGAUGCGCUUCGCCCGCUGAGGGAAGCCAUGUUGUUCCUUCGUUGGGGGAAGCGAUUCAAGCACGGCCACGCUGGUGUUCGCCCUAAUAUCCAGAAGGCUCUCGAUUCCUUCUUGAAAGGCGCCUCCCGCGGCUCUACCCUCGCCAUGGUCGACGCUGGACUCCUCUACUGGGAAAUGGGCCACAAAGACAAAGGGAUCACCUUGUACCGGAGAGCCGCUGACCUGGGCGACCCCGCCGGUCAGUGUAAUUUGGGAAUUUCUUAUCUCCAAGCUGAACCUGCUAAUCCAAAAGAGGCUGUUAAGUGGUUAUAUGAAGCUUCAGUUGCAGGCCAUGUCCGUGCUCAAUAUCAGCUUGCACUUUGCCUGCAUCAAGGCCGUGGUGUUGAGUGCAACCUACCAGAAGCUGCUAAGUGGUAUCUGAGAGCUGCGGAAGGUGGGUAUAUCCGUGCCAUGUACAAUACUUCACUAUGCUACUCUUUUGGUGAAGGCUUGGCACGCAACCAUCGACAAGCAAGGAAAUGGAUGAAGCGAGCUGCUGAUCGUGGUCACAGUAAAGCUCAACUGGAGCAUGGCCUUGGACUCUUUUCUGAAGGGGAGAUGUUGAAGGCUUUAGUCUACCUUGAGCUUGCUGUUCGAGCAGGUGAAACUUCUGCUGAGCAUGUAAAAAAUGUAGUACUCCAACAACUAUCAACAAAUUCACGUGAUCAUGCCAUGUCUCUUGCUGACAAUUGGCGAGCUCUACCUUCUCACUGAGCUAUAUAUACUGACAGUGGAUAUGCAAUUUUAUCUUUGUUUUACUUCGCUGUUUUGGUGUUUUUGUUUCAAUUCCGUUCCCCUUGUAACUGGUCUCCGUAAUUGUAUAUCUAAAAUUUCUUUGGAAGGUAUAGUAUCAACCAUUUUCCGUGCUCCUAGAGGCUUGUUUACU